AUAUAACAUAACUCAAUCCUGGUCUUCCUUUUGCUCUCCUUCCAUGCACCUUCUCCUCCUCCAACAAUGAAACCUAAGCCUUGUUUCAUCUUCCUUCUGUUGCUCAUCUCAACCAAUGUUCCAACCUAUCUUUGUGAGGACGAUGCUCAAUACAGCAACUGUAGUAACGCUUUUACAUGCGGAAAUACGAAUCUGGAUCUCAGGUACCCCUUCUUCGGAGAAAACAGAGAUAGUUAUUGCGGUGAAGAGAGGCUCGCAUGCGAAAGGGGAGUCCCCAAGAUAACCCUCAACGAUGCCAAGUACCGUAUUCUGGAUUGGCAUAAUACAACACAGACAGUAACAAUUGCCAGAGAUGAUUAUUGGGAUGGUAUCUGUGUGAGUGAGUACAAGAACAACACCUUUGAUAACACUCACUUUCGAUAUGAUCAUCAAUAUAAUGAUCUUGCCAACCUCACGCUCUUUUAUUGCCCUUCCAAUUCACCCCCCUCUAUAUCGACGAAUCCACUUGGUCCUCUUAUUUGUGGUGCUGCUGAUAGAUAUGUCUACUACACUUCCCAGUCUGAACUUUCCUACACGGGGAGUUGCACGGUUGUGGUGAUUCCGAUAUUUGAAACCAACGCUUCACUUGUGAUUGACAACAAAAUAAGUGAAGCGUUACAGAAUGGUUUUGAGUUGAAUUGGGUGGGAAAUUACGAUGACUGCAACAAAUGCAGUGAUUCUGGUGGUGAGUGUGGGGUUGAUGGAGAUGGAGGAUUCCAAUGUUUCUGCAAGGAUGGACCCCAUUCUGCUACAUGCCCAGGAAAAGGAAAAGUAUCAUUGCGAAAAUGGAUCUUGAUUGUUGUAUCUACAACUGUUUCUAUGACAUUCAUCUUUUUGUGCUACUAUCUCAUAAAAAGAAAACCAAAAAAGAUCUUUUUGUGCUCCUAUCUGAUAAAGAGAAAAUCGAAAAAGAGCAUUAAGAGUCUUCUAAGAGAAAAUUUUGGUAAUGAAAGUGUUACUUUAGAGCCCCUACAAUUCAACUUGGCUACACUUAAGGCAGCAACCAACAACUUUUCAGAUGAGAAUAGGAUUGGCAAAGGAGGAUUUGGAGAAGUUUAUAAGGGAAUUCUUCUUGAUGGACAACACAUAGCAGUAAAAAGGCUCUCAAAAAAUUCCUCUCAAGGUGCAAAGGAGUUUAAAAACGAAGUUUCGGUGAUAGCUAAACUUCAACAUAGAAAUCUUGUGACAUUCGUUGGUUUUUGUCUCGAAGAGCAAAAUAAGAUUCUUAUAUAUGAAUAUGUACCGAACAAGAGUCUUGACUACUUUUUAUUUGAUUCUCGGCGAUCAAAAUUGUUAAGUUGGAUGGAACGAUAUGAUAUUAUUAGAGGGAUUGCUCGAGGAAUUUUUUAUUUACAUGAGCUUUCUCGGUUCAAAGUUAUACAUCGCGAUCUCAAACCAAGUAAUGUUUUAUUAGAUGAAAAUAUGGUUCCAAAAAUUUCAGAUUUUGGACUAGCUAGAAUUGUUGAAAUAAAUCAAGACCAAGUCGGUACUAAUAGAAUUGUUGGGACAUUUGGAUAUAUGCCUCCAGAAUAUGCAAUGCUUGGACAAUUUUCAGAAAAAUCAGAUGUUUUUAGUUUUGGAGUCAUGGUUUUAGAGAUUAUUACUGGGAAAAAGAAUUUGAGUUCUCACGAACCACAUCUUGUUGCUAAAGGCCUCUUAAGUUAUGUAUGGAGGCAAUGGAGAGAUCAAACAUGGUUAGACAUAUUAGAUCCUAAUAUUAAAGAAACUUAUUCAGAAAUUGAAGUUACUAAAUGUAUUCAAAUUGGUUUGUUAUGCGUUCAACAAAAUCCUGAAAUUAGACCUACAAUGACCAAUGUUCUAUCAUACCUUAGUAGUUAUUUCAAUGAUUUACCAAGUCCACAAGAACCAGCAUUUUUCUUAAAUGAAAGGACGAAUCCUGCAACAUUUGCUCGGGAAUCAAAUAUUAAUCAACCUAUCAACAACUCCACUCCAUUGUCUAUUAAUAAAAUUUCUGUAAGUGAAUUUUUACCUCGAUAGUAAUUUAUUUUUCUUUGGUAUUUUUGUUUAGCAAUUGAUUACUGGUCAUGUAUGCAAGUUUUUGUUAUUUUACUUUGGAGAAUAUUAAAAGAAAUAUUCUUCCACGAUUUGAAGAAUAUGAUGUAAUGAAAUAUUAACAUCUAUUGAUAAUGGAUGUAAUUUAUAUCAUCUGUGAUGAAUUAAUAUAAACUUUUAUUAUGCUUUAUUUAAUAUAUUGGUUUUGAGA